CCUCCGAUCCCCGGCAGCUUCAAGCAAGAUACCCCUUCUACCCCUCGCCGCCGCGACACGACACCACCUCUUCAAAACCGUACCCAGCUGCCCUACUGCCUGUGCUUGGAGACACAAAACACACACCCAGCCAAAGAGUAGGCCACGUAGAGCCGCGGGGAUGCCACCGCUCGACCUCGACACCCUCGUCUCGUGCCAUGGCGCCGCCGCCGGCGAUAGCGAUAGCGAGGAGUUGAAGGCCGCGUGCCGUCGCGACAUCACGAUGUCCGACAUUGGCUCCGGCGCCGGCGAGGAGCCCGACGACGACGGAGACCCGUACGCCCCCGCGCAGUCGCUCCGGCUGAGGAUCGGGGAGGACAUCGACUGGAGCGACGUCGGCGCCGGGGCGGUGCUGGAGCGGGACGACUCCACCAAGGGCGCCGGCGCCAACCCCAAGUGCGCUGCGCGCCGGAGCGUGGCCGCUGCCGCCGCCGCGAGGAGCUCGCUGCCGUCGUCCGCCCCGCCGGCGCCGAGGGCGGUGGCCGUGGUCAUCGGCGGCCUGGCGCCCAAGGCGGCGGGCAAAGCCGCGCGGGAGCACGGUAGGCGGCGCCGCUCUCCGUGCCGCCUCGGCGGCCGCGCGAGGGUGUGCGCGGCCGGGGAGGCCGCCGCGGACCGCCUGGUGGAGCCGGGCUCGCCCAAGGUGUCCUGCCUCGGGGGCGUCCGGUCGCAGCCGCGGGCCGCGGCUGAGGGCGUCACUACUGGCCGCCGGUGGUGGGCGUGGCUUGUGGCCGACGUCACGCCCUGCAGCUGCUGGAACGGCCGGCACGAGAGGAGGCCCAAAGGGAGCGAAGCCGACUAGCCAUUGGUUCGGCGGUGACGGCGCCACCCGUCACCGCCUGUGCUGGCUGCGGACGUGGCAUCGGGGGGCAUCGGAUCGAUCGGUGGAGUAGGUGUGUCCGUUCACGUAGUGUCGGCCACAUCCCACAUGAACAGUUUUGUCUUCUCUAGUUAGCUCUGGUUGUCUCUGCCCUGCUCAUGGUCGUCGGCCGGAGCAGCUUGUGCCAUUCCUGUACAUGGGACCUUCACCAGGUGUUCGAUUUGAAUUUGAACUUUGUCAUGCGCCAUUCUGCCUCACCA